AUGCGUUUCAACGUCCUUGCUCUGGCCACCAUUGCCGGUCUGGCUACUGCCUCCCCUUCUUUGCUCCAGAGAUCCAACAACUGCUACGAGCUCUGUGUUGCCAACGGCGGAAGCAGCGAUGACUGCCUUAACCAGUGCGCUAACACCAAGCGGGUGAACAACUGCUUCGAGGAUUGCGUUCUCGCGGGUGGCAGUGACCAGGACUGCGAAGAGGAGUGCAAGAACUCAUAA